AUGACUUCAGACUCAAUCAGAGCCGAGGUUGUGUUCGAAUCCCCGACAGUCUUCGGCGGCGACGACGUACGGGCUGUUAUAACAUUCAGAAAUGUGUCAAGGGUGACGAGUGUCGACAAUACUGACACCCGGAGUGAUGUUCAAGCCGACACCCGAAACAGAAGCGACAGCUUUCACAACAACAACAACAACAGUCGCACGGAAGACCAGCCCAGAGCCUCCGUCGACGGCUGGCGAGAUCGGUUCUUCGGCCUGCUGAGCACAGACUAUGAGCCACUUCCAAGUAACCGGCUCUCACGAGCUCGUUCAGUACGAAGAACGGCUCAACCGCCGGUCCGUUCGCCCCACGGUACCUCCGAGACCCUCAUUAUGGGCACGUGUCGAAUUGAAGGCCAUUUCGUUGUUGAUCCUGAAGUCGUGGAUGUCGCCCGGUUGGAACACGUUCGAAACAGAGGAGCAGCAAUGGGAUUGGCUCAUUUGAGUGAAGUAGACGACUCCAAAGACGUGGACAAUCACCAAGGAAUUACCAAGAUGAUCUGGGGACUACUAGGAGACGAGUCUAGUGGUACCCAAAGCAAAUCUGCUCAAUCGAGUGACUCCGGAGAAGGCCUUCCCAUUUACUCAAGUGCAUCGUCUCUGCUGUUCCCUGCUCUAACACUCAAUCCAGGAGAAAGCAAAGUUUUCUAUUACAAGUGCACAUUACCCCGUGAGCUGCCUCCUAGUUAUCGUGGCAAGGCUGUCAGAAUAUACUACAGUUUGGUAGUUUCUACUCAACGAGGCGAAAGCCGUCUGGUGGAUCGCCCCGAUAUGUCGAAUGAAGAUAACUCACACGCAAAACCAAGCCUCACGUCACGUUCUCAUCGCCUCGUUGCACCCUUCCGAGUCUUCCAGUACGUUGAUGACGACGGAGACUCGAUCCCUCACCAGGUGGACAACCCAAUUGGUGGAGAGCAGAGCGCCGUAGCAGUGAAAGAGCUACCAGACUCUUCUCGUGAGACCAUGAGCGACGUUUUCGGACUCCAUCAUGUUGGCCCAAGCACAAAACCCGGCCCGAAGUCACGAGAGCAAUUGUUAGAUCACAUCAAGACACUCCGGACAUCCCAUGAUCCAUACGUAUCGCAUGACCAGUCCAUGGAAGACGAGGAGGACGAUGCAGGUACCUCUGCAGGUGCCCAUAUUAACCGUCUUGUCCAGUCCAAUGGCCUCAUCAGUAAGACUUUGGUGCCCAAAACCACCUUCCACAUCUCUCGAAACUCCAAGUACAUUGCCACCUUGAGUCUCAGCAAGCCGCUAUAUCGAAUCGGUGACUCUAUGGUUCUCAGUUUUGACUUCUCCGGCUCCCAUACACCUUGCUAUCACGUCACAGCUUCUCUGGAGACCACAGAGACUAUUCACCGAAGUUAUUUGCAUGGAUAUGAUUGGGACGACAGCUUGUUGAGUGGCUGGGGUAACUCAAGUAACGGUAAUCUCAGCUCUGGAAACGGCAGACGAUCUUCAGUGGGAUCAGAUGGUAGUGGACGUCGAUUAUCCGGAUCUCGAGAUCCCACCAUGAUCCCUCUGCCGUCUACUCGCCGAAUCUACGCUCAAGAGAUGACGUUCAUCUACGACUCACGUGACCGUGUCACUUUCGACAUGGUCGUUCCGGCAACCGCGGCAUCUCAAUUCGCCACCACCAAAAUCUGCAUGGACUGGUCGUUGAAACUGACUUUUGUCACACAUUUCGCCGAUAAAAAGGAUGCGCAAAUGAUGGGUAGCUCGAAAAGCAAAACCCCCAACGCUCGCAGCUUAGUGCAGACCAACAUUCCCAGGCCUGCAGUCAGCGAGCCUGGUUCUCCGGUGAUGGAAAGAAAGCGAAGCAUCGUGGGCGACUCCGCAUUCCCCAACGCGAACGCUAACGGCAAUGGUAAAAACGUUCUUACUAACGGAGGAACACCCGGUAAUAUUCUCAACAUUACAGACUCGGCUGUCAUCGCGCCUGUAGAGUAUGACUCUAGAGGCACGACGUAUGGACCCAAGGAUACAUUUUCCUGCGAACAUUUCUCCUGCAAAAUCCCCCUCAACGUUUACUCCACUGACAAGGACAUUUCGUCUGUGAUUGGAGUCAGUCGAGGCACGUCAGUGUAUUCUGCCGGACUCUGGUAG